AUGAUGUGGUUAUCCUCAAACGGUCCAACAUAUAACAAUCCAUCUUCGCAACAGCGACAGCGAUACUACACCCAGCAAAACCCACGGUUCUCAGCAUUUCUUCCCACCGCUACCGCAUCAGACUCGACGCUCGAUAUCGACUCCGAGAUCCAGUCGCAAAGCGCCUCUUCAUCUCCUCAGUCGGUCUCACAGUUCCCGUUGUCGACUUUUGACAGUGUUCCCGCCGCAAACGUCCCGCGAACACCCCAAGGCGACCUGUUCAGAUUCUCGGCGCCCUCUUCUCAGGCCCAGCCUCAACCCCAGUCUUUGCCCUCCGUCAAUAUGAUGUAUGCAGAUUCAUGGUUGGGGGACAGCAAUCAGUUCCCCGCAAAGAACAGCCACAGGAAUAUGCACCAGCGCGAGUCCUCGCUGUCGUCGCUUGGGUCCCUUGGGCCGGCUUCGCCUUUCUCCUUCAACACGGCAAACCCUCAAAUAGCCAUUAACGAGUCUGGCGAUUCCUACCAUGGAAUGCCUAUUCCCGAUGACCAGACAUAUCACCUCGCCGCCAAGGCACCAAACUCAACUUCCCACGACACUUUCUACACAAACAUUCCCUACUCUGGAGAUUCAACGUCGGUUCACAGUUACGCAAACAUGCUUGCACCGCAGAGGAAUCGUGGGGAUCGCAGUGGCCUGCUGCCUCCCCCGGAUUUUCCUAGUGGAGGCUCAACCAACUCACGUCCCGUGUCAGUGGCGAGUUCCGUCGCAAGUGACUCACCAGUCACGCCGGCGGCCCCGGAACCCGAGGAUGAGAGGAGGCGAAAAACUGGUGAGGACUAUAUCCUGGCCGACUUCCUGAAUUUUGCCGACGAGUACAAAGACUUACCCCUUCUUAACCAAACAGCACUCCACACUGUCCCGAAAUUGGAUCGCACCAUGACGGACAUCUACAGCGACGAGCUGUACAACCCUAAUUUCUCCAUCACCUCCAUGUCGCCAUCACAGCCAAGCCAGACCACAAUGUCGCCAAAUCAUGAGGUCUUCGCGCAAAGAUUACAGGCUGCCAACAGCCAGCAUCUCAGCGCGACACAUUCUCCAAUCUCAACAGUGUCAAGGGGCCGCUCGCCAUUCCGCCAGGGGUCGCCCUUGGCACCCGCCCCGGCUCAUGAAUUCCCCCAGCAGUCAGCGAACAAUAUGCGCUUCAACACUGCACAACAUAUGAGGGAGAAGAGAAAGGCCGAGCAGGAUGCGGCUCAAGCCUUGCGCCAGGCCAUGGCCCAACCCAGCACCAGCACCGGCACACCACAGACCAUCUCUCCUAAGGAUGCUGUGUUGGAAUUCAACGACGACAGCAACAACAACUUCCCACUCUUUUCGUCUCAGGACUCGACCGGAUUUGACGCCAGCCAAAUGUCAAGCCAAAUGUCGAAGGCGGCCCCUCAGAGCAACAACUUUGGAGGCCUCUCCCUCGAUACCUCAUUCGACAACUAUUUGACAUCUCAGCUCUCAUCAGGCAUGCAGCUACCCCAGCAGUACCCAUUCGUGGCGAAGCACAGGCAACAAAGCAGUUUGCCAUCCAUCAGCAACGGAUCUUACUCUGUUUCGUCCCGACUUGGAUCAAGCACGUCUGCAUCACCCGUCUCUACAGCACUGGGCAGCCCACAGAGGCCCGAGACUGUUGGCGCUGAUGGUGGCACGUACACAUGCACAUAUCACGGCUGCACCAUGAGGUUUGAGUCGCCAACACAGCUUCAGAAGCACAAGCGUGAGGGUCAUCGACAAGCACACGGCCUGAACGGUUUGCGCAGGCCAGAAGCGGUGCCGGCCAGUUUCCUGAACACACAAGCUGGACCUCACAAAUGCGAGCGCAUCAAUCCUAGCACUGGCAAGCCGUGCAACACGGUGUUCUCACGACCGUACGAUCUGACGCGGCAUGAAGACACCAUUCACAAUGCACGCAAGCAGAAAGUCCGGUGUGAUGUGUGCACCGAAGAGAAAACCUUUAGCCGCGCCGACGCGCUCACCCGACACUACCGCGUCUGUCACCCUGAUUUGGAAUUCCCUGCCCAGCCAUUCACACCCGACAUCCGAAUCCAAAAUUGGGCAUCUGGGACACCUGGGCACGACAGUCUGAAGUCAUCUGCAACCCCACCGACGCCAUGCCGGUGUGCAUUAUCUCCUGUCUUGGACAUGGGCGAUAAUGGGGGAACGGAACCGGAAUCGGGGCCGGGCACUGCAACAGGCCAUCAUUACCGCAUGGCGCCUGGCUCUCCCGCCCUGUCUCUGUUUGUCGCGGUCUCGGCCACUGGCCCCGUCGCGCUCUGCGCCAUAACAUCAUCACCGUCAUAA